GUCACCAACACAACACGCUUAAUGGCGUUCCCAGCAUAUUUGAGGCCAUGAGGACUUCCGCCAGCUUGGAUGCCUUUUGACAGCUCGCUACUCGACGGCAGGGCACAGGACGGCAGGGGUAUAUCCUGGCGACGUGUGACCGGCCGCUCGCCUGUAAGACACACUUUCUUUUCAGACAUUAUGUGACGCUCGACUUCCUCAAGCUAUCGCUGUUUGACAGACAGACGGUGCUAUUACUUGUUAGCCGGCUAGCACUGGGCAUACACAUUGAGUACGUGGCCUGGGAAUGUUAGCGUUUGUUCUUCUUCUUCUUCUUUUUUGCUGCAACCUAUUUUUUUUAUUGACUUUGUAUCCAACGGGCCAGUCAGCUGUCAGGUUAGCUUGCAUUGCUUCCAUUGUUUUUAUAGCGGCCAUCAUUCAGAACGAGCCUGUUCACGUGACUGGCUCCAGCUCACACGUCACUAUGGAAAUACGGCGGAGGGAGCAGGUCAACAUCCACUGAUGUUCUCGCCAAAAGUGUACCGCCAGAUCCACGUACAUAAAGAUGUGUUGGUUUCAAAUAUUCCUGAUAGUCGGUCUUAUUGACUGGCUAAGCUGUGAAGAGAGCCAACACAUGACAGCAGAGGAAAAGAACACCAUCAGGGAUCGAAUUGUUGAGAUGUUCGAUCAUGCGUAUGGUAGUUACAUGAAAUACGCCUAUCCGGCCGACGAGCUGAUGCCGCUGAGCUGCAGGGGGAGAGUACGAGGCCAGGAGCCUAACCGAGGCGACAUCGACGACUCCUUGGGGAAAUUUUCACUUACACUGAUCGACACCCUCGAUACCCUGGUGGUGUUAAAUAAGCUAGAUGAAUUUGAAGAUGGCGUGAGGAAAGCGGUGCAGGAUGUACGCCUGGACAAUGAUGUGGUGGUAUCAGUGUUUGAGACCAACAUCAGAGUUUUGGGAGGGCUUUUGGGGGCCCACGUGAUGGCUGACUUGCUUCGUCAGCGUGGGGGGAGGAUGCAGUGGUAUGAAGAUGAGCUCCUCAACAUGGCUACAGAGCUUGGCCAUAGGUUACUGCCUGCCUUCAACACCUCAAGUGGCCUUCCUUACCCCAAGGUGAAUCUGCGUUAUGGAGUGCGAAACCCACUUUCACGUACAGGCACUGAGUCGGACACCUGUACAGCUUGUGCGGGAACAAUGAUCCUGGAGUUUGCAGCCCUGAGCAGACUGUCAGGAGAGUCUGUUUUUGAGGAAUAUGCCCGGAAAGCCCUGGAUGUCCUCUGGGAGAGGAGACAGAAAGGAAGUGACCUUGUGGGGACUGUCAUCAAUAUUCAUAAUGGAGAAUGGGUCAGACGGGACAGCGGAGUUGGUGCUGGCAUCGACUCGUAUUAUGAAUACUUAAUGAAGGCCUACAUUCUUCUGGGAGACAAUAUUUUUCUGGAGAGGUUUAACAUUCACUACAGUGCCAUUAUGAAGUACAUAAGUCAGCCUCCACUACUGCGUAACGUGCACAUGCACAACCCGACUGUGAGUGCACGGAGCUGGAUGGAUUCUCUGCUGGCGUUUUUCCCCGGCUUGCAGGUCUUAAGAGGAGAUCUGAAACCAGCCAUUGAAACCCAUGAGAUGCUGUACCAAGUCACCAAACAGCACACGUUUCUUCCAGAGGCUUUUACCACAGAAUUCCGCGUUCACUGGGGCCAGCACCUCCUGAGACCAGAGUUUGCAGAAAGCACCUACUACCUCUAUAAGGCCACUGGUGACCCUUACUACCUCAGAGUGGGACAGUCCAUUGUGGAAAAACUCAACACUUAUGCUAGAGUGCCUUGUGGGUUUGCUGCUGUGCAAGACGUUCGCACAGGGACACAUGAAGACAGGAUGGACUCAUUCUUUCUGGCAGAGAUGUUCAAAUACUUGUACCUGCUGUUCACUGAGAAGACGCAGCUGCCCAUCGACAUUGACAACUACAUCUUCACCACUGAGGCCCACCUUCUGCCUGUGUCUCUCUCCAAUACGCAGCUAUCUUGUCAAGGCAACAAAACGGAAACUUAUCCUGUGGCCCUCGAAGAGGAUCUGUUCAUACACACCUGCCCGAGCACAGACACAUUGUUCCCAAACAACCCUUCAUUUGCCAAAAGCAUCCGGGACAGCUACAAGUACUUGACGGGCGUAGGGCGAGCCGUCCGCCCUUCACCGAUCAGAGAAAUUGAAUUACCACUCCAUGAUAGUGGCAUCGAACCAGUGGAGUUCCUAAAAAGCAUGGGCAUUUCUCUCACUCCACUGAGUGAUUUCAGCCCAGGAGAUACCAGAAGGGAGCACAAAGGAGUGUAUCGGGUGAAACUUGUGGCCGAGGUGAAACAAACACUUGAGGAGGAGGAGGUGGUGCCUCAUGUGGUGCAGCUUAUAUCGCCUCCGUUUCUGGGGAGGACCGUGCUUACGGCGGGCCCUGCCAAGUUUGGAAUGGACCUAACCAAGCGAGAACACGGCGUGAAGGGCAGCAUAGCGAAGGCGUUCCCUUACACAGCAUGCAGGCCACUAGAAAAUCCAGCUGUGCUUAAAGGCCACAUCGCCCUGGCGCUGCGUGGCGAAUGCAUGUUCGCGGCAAAAGCCCGCUGGCUGCAGGAGGCGGGCGCCAUAGGAGUCAUCUUCAUCGACCACCGUGAGGGAAGCAAUAGCGAGGAAACGCCGCUUUUCCAAAUGGUUGGCGACGGCGAUUCCACCGACGACAUCGCAUUGCCGUUGGUCUUCCUGUUUAGCCGCGAGGGCGCCGUGCUCACCGCGGCCCUGGAGGAACAUCACAACGUAGAUGUGCUGCUUCUGCCUAAAGCGAGGCAGCUAGGACACGGUAAGACAGACCAACCUUUUAUUAACAUUAAACUGAGACUUUCUGAAGAUGAGGACCUGGAGGAGGAAGAGGAAUCCAGUGGGCCCACUCUGAAGGUGCUCCUUGAUGAAAGCGAAGGUCUUACAUGAGAUGAAUGUUGCGCUACAGCGUGUGGGAAUGAGACUUGCGCAUUCAUGUGUACAAACACAAAACUGUGAAGCAGAAGUCCUUGACCACGGGAGCCUCAGAGCCCCUCACAGAGCGGACGGCCACGCGCUCACUUUAAUCCUCUGUUUUGAGAUGAGAAAAAGUAGGUCAUUCCAGGCAAAAGAUGUUCCCAUAUCUUCUUAUUCUGGGGUUGAAACCUCCUGUGUCCCUUGUGUGGGUGCCGAUAACUAACUCUGAUCUUAACACGAUACCUCACCCUCCAGGAGGUUUCAUGUAAAGUGGAAAAAAUCUGUUUUUAGGCAAUGCUUUUAAUUCUAGAUUUUGUACCUUUUUUUUCUUAAUAGUGUUAAUCAUGAAGGAUAUUAGCUGGUAAGUUAGAUAAUGUUUCAACAAGUGAGAAAGAAAUUAUUAUAAUUAGACUUGGUAAGCAACUUCAGGGAAUUUUUAAGUGUUUUAUUUCUGCCAUGGAGGAUGUGUGUGUUGGUAUUUUUCACUACAAUACCCAAGAUUCCAGUUUCAUCAUCCCACUUAUGACAAUAUACUGUAUACACACAACUUUACUGUCUUUACAAGGUCACAUUCCAAGGAAGGAAGAAGCGAUCUGGUAUUUUCAGGCUGUGCACGAUUAUUUUCCCAGCUCCUAAAUCUGUGCAAUUUUUGUUAUAUUGAUUUGAAAUUACUAACGUUACAGUAUGGACGAUUUGCUAUGAAGGAGUAUUAAGGCCACACUUUGGAGGGGAAAAAGGAAAAUUACACGAAUAAAGUUAAUUUCAUUUUUAUAGGAAAAAAUGUACAUUUUUCUCAUAAAGUGAUGAGUUUAUUCUCAUAAAAUGCAAACUUUUUUCUUAGUUUUUUCUCAUAACAUUUGAUUGAUGUUAAAUUCUGACAUUUUUCCGACAAUAUUUGUUUUUUCACAAAAGUACUUAAAACCUUUUUCCACGCUCUAUUUUGUUGUUGUUGUUGCAUGCAUUUGAAAAAGUCUCAUAAGAUUAUGACUAUUUUUUACAAAAUGACUACCUUAAGCUCCAAACAUUACAUCUUGUAAUAAUAUAACUUUAUUCGCAUACCUCUAUUACUAUGCUCUUGUGAGUCAAUGACUUUAUUCUCGUAGUAUUAUUUUUCCCUGUGGCCCUAAUAAACCGUAUUGUGAUGCAGCAUUAUGUUAUGCAAUAAGUUAAGUACAGUAAUGUUUUUGCACAUUUAAUUGUAGAAAUUUCUCAACAUGAAAUUAACUUGAACAUUUUACACCAUUUAUUAGAUCGAUGCGAGGAAGGACUGAAAAAAUUGUUUUCCAAUUUAUAAUUUAUAGAGCUCUUCAACAUACUAAAUGCAUCGAUCUCCUCCAGUGUGUCCAUAUGUUGCAUCAUUUUGGUUUGGGAAGAACAUAAAAAUGUUUUCCUUUUGUUUGCACAAUGAAACUUUUCCAUCAUACUGCUGAAUUUCAAGUGUGUGCCCCCGACCCCCAUCCUAAUCACAUAAUGCACUCUAUUGGUGUUUAUUAAGCAAAGGAUAUGGACAACAUUUAUACCUCAGGACUGUGCUUGUUGCUGUUCAUACAGAGAAAUGGAUAAAAAGUAGGAUAUAACUUUUUCAAAUUGCAUUUCUCUUGUUUUUAUACGGCAUUUAGCAGUUUGCUAAGCUGUCACGUCGUCAGUGGCUCAAAUGUGCCCAAAAAAAAUGCAUUAAAAGGCUCCUGUCCCAGCUAAGGCAGUGAAUAAAUAAAAAAUGAUGA